GGAGCUGGAGGUGUCUUCCCUCCGCUAAUUGUUGUGUACAACAUAAUUAUAGUUUUUGCUGAGCUGUAGAUCUAUAGAGCUAUGAAACUAAAAACAAGUUUCUCCACCUUGUUAUUUUUUAUGUUUGUCAAUGCUCAAGGCGACAUCACUCAGAGUCAGAGUAGAGACGACAAUGAGAUUACGGUCAACUGUGUGUCCUUUGGAAAUAGAGAGAUUGAGAUUAGAGUAGUCAGUCUCCAUGUUGAUGGUUCGAAUGAUACUGAAAUAUUUGUCGAUGAGUCUACUAGUAUCACAGAGGCUACAUUCACCGUAAUUCCAUCAGUUGAGAAGGCUGCUUAUUGUGAAGUUGGUGGUAUGUCCACAGAUUUGGUAUAUUUUGGAGUAAUACCUGUUCUGGAACCAACUGUAACAAGACUUCUUGCGAUUGUCGAAAGUGUACAUACACUAGUAUGUCCUUAUGAACUAGGCACAGCAAGUGAUCAUAUUCGCCCCUACCAUCACAUCUGGUUUAAUACAUAUGUGUCAAACAAUGUAAUCCCAGGAGAGUUUAGUCAAACACUGACUAUUUCUAUUACAAGGCAGUCACCUGAUGUCACUACCUAUACCUGUGCUCUGAGGAUGCAGGAAUGCAGUGCAUGUGAACAAGUGGUCGAUUAUCCUGCUUUGAAUAGACCACAAUUUCAAUUGACUAAAGUUGUGCCACUUUCAAUUGAUGUUGCCCUUGUUACUCAAACUGUGUCUGCUGGUUCUCCUGUCACCUUUGAGUGUGCUGCCGAGGGAACGAGUGUAGAGAUCCAAUGGCUAUAUAAUGGAGAUACCUACACUGCUGACGAUACAAAUGUAACCACCUCCUGCAUAGACUCGGCUUAUGUUCGGAGCAUAUUAGAAUUAUCGUCCCCUUCCAGCAGUGGAUUUGUUAUUUGCAUUUUUCAUCAAUCGUUUGAUGGUACCAUUUCAUCACUGAACAACAACAACAACUUUGACAACAGUUUACCAGAACAGAUCACAAGCUCUACUGCACAGCUUAUAGUAACAACCUCUAAUGCCAUUACUAUGCCUACUAAUUCUACUGCAACAGGUAUUAUAUAA